GGAUCCGGCUCCUGCGCUCCCAGUCCCGCAGCCGGCGCGGUAGGUGUGACCGCAGAGAGUGCGCCCCAGCUCCAGGCCCAGCCAGGCGACCUGAGGGCGCCCGGAGGGUGUGCGCGCCCCGGACAGCAGGGUGCGGCGGCGCGCGGUGCGUGCCAGGACGCGGACGGUGCAGAGGAAGGAGGAUCGUACCACGGAAGACCGUGCAGCUGCAGCUGCGUGCACCCCGAAGCCGGGUGGGAGCUCGCGCUGCUCCGGCACAGCGGUCGCUUCCUGCCAGAACCCCGCGGCUCCCCAAGAACUCUCCACGAAUUGCACAGACUCCGUGGAUGUGGAGUACCUGAGAUACUGAGCUUUGUCCUCACAAUGGAGAAGCUAGAUGCCAAGGACCAGUCCUCUCAGGGGGAUGAAGAGAAAGAGCCUCCAAAGAGCUACCCUUACUCUGUGGAGACCCCAUAUGGCUUUCAUUUGGACUUGGACUUCCUCAAAUAUGUGGAUGACAUUGAAAAGGGACACACCAUCAAAAGGAUUCCUAUCCACAGAAGAGCCAAGCAGGCUAAGUUUAGUACUCUGCCACGAAACUUCAGCCUUCCCAACAGUGGGGACCGCACCCACGCUGCUCCUCCCCAGCAAAACUGGUCUCCCAUGGUACCCAGAAAGAUAUCCCUGGGGAUCCAGGAGCAGUCCCAGUCACUGCCACUGCGUGACCUUCCCCAGAGCUCAGUGCAUGGCAGUGAGCUGAGCUACCACAAGAAGGCCCUCUUGGCAAAGGAUGCCAGGCAGAUGGAGGCUGGUUCUCUGGAGGAUGUAGGGAGUGGACGGCCCCAGCUGUUGAGAGCAUCCAGCAUGCCUGCUACGCUGCUGCAAAACCAGGCCCCCGAAGAGCCCAGCCUGGCCUCAGGCCCUUCCACACUUCUUGCCCUCCCUCUGCUCCAGGAUGAAGGCAGUGUCUGUGAUGGUGCCUUUGACCCUGCAGAAGGGCUCAUGGGUUUCCAAGCAACAGCCCAGUCAACAGACAGAGAAUUGGGAGAACUGGAGCCAGCGAUUCCAGAGCAGGUCUGGGAGGGGGCUGAGCCAGAAGAAGGUGACCUCAAGGCUUCAAGUCACCCCUUUCAGCUAGGUCCUCCCUCCUUAGUCCAGAAUGUCCCCGUGAAUCUAGAGGAAGUGGAAAUUCAGCACCAUAUUAGAAAAGCAGAGCUGGUGUUAACACCUGGCUCCUCCACUCCCAGCCCGCCCCCUCUACCAUCCCCCAUCCCCGAGAAUGAGCUCUCCCUGGAGGAAAUUGAGCUCAAUAUCAGUGAGAUCCCACCCCCUCCACCCAUAGAAGUGGAUGUGAGGAGCAUUGGUAUCCGGGUGACAGAGGAAAGCCUGGGCCUCCUGGAGACUGAUACCAGCAGUAUCUCAAGCCUGAAGCGUCAGGUCCUGGCCCUUGAGGAUAAGUUGUCAGGGAGAACAGAAGAGCUUGCCCAGGUCAGAGCUGCCCUUGAGCAGCAGGAAGAGGAGACCAAGGCUAGGGAGCAGAGGAUUCAAGAACUGGAGUGCGCUGUAGCGCAUUUAGAAGAAAAGCUUAGUCAAGAGAAGGCCAAUGAUGCUCUGGACAUGACCGAUGCCAUGGUGAACACUGACCCCCUUAAUGAACUCAUCCCCCGAGAGUCACAUGACAAGAACAUUGGGGUCAACCUGCUGAGCAGUCCAGAUCCUGAUUGCUGGGGGUCGAGAGCAGAAAAGAAUGGCUUCCCGUGGGUCCAAAGUAAUCACAAGCAAAACUACCAGAGCCCGGAAGAACCCGUGCUGCCACCCCAACUGUCACUGCCAAGGGGACCUGAGCAGGUCCUCGCCUCGUCCUUAUGCAGCUGCCUCUCCAUGGAACUCCGGAUCGAAGAGGAGGUUUCCGAACAGGAGAGAGGCCCACAGGUGGGAGCUGGGGGCUUGGGCAGGGCAGCGGGAGACUCUUCCUGGAGCAGAAGAGAAUCUGCUCCAGUGAUCAGGGAGGAGGCCAGCUCAGAACUCCCAGGGGCAGACCGUCCAGGAAGGCCAGCAAGUUCCCCACAAGAUGCCACAAUCGGGCAGUAUGUUAAGAAGAUCCAAGAGCUACUGCAUGAACAGUGGAACUGCCUGGAGCAUGGGUACCCGGAACUGGCCAGUGCCAUCAAGCAGCCUGCCUCCAAGCUCAGCAGCAUCCAGAACCAGCUGCUCAGUUCCCUUAACCUGUUGCUCUCUGCCUACUCAGCUCAGGCCCCAGAGCCGAAGGAAACCCCUGCCCCUCCCCCCUCCACCCCUCCACCGCCGCCGCCAGAGAUCUCUCCGUCGACCAGCCUUAAAUCCAUAAUGAAAAAGAAAGACUAUGGCUUCCGCGCAGGAGGUAAUGGGACCAAAAAGAACCUUCAGUUUGUUGGGGUUAACGGUGGCUAUGAGACUACGUCUAGCGAGGAGACCAGUGGGGAGGACAGCUCUCCUGAGGACUUGUCUGACAGUGAGACCGAGAAGAAACAGGAUUGCUCAGAGCCCAGGGAGGAGAGGGACAUGCAUCCCGGCUGUGAGGCUGGGCAGGGAGUCCCUGAAGGCACCAGAAACUCAGGCCCCACAAGUGAGCAUGGGGAGGAAGUGUCUCCUCUGAGGGCUGAGAGAUGUAAACCCUCAGAGGAAUUUCUUAACGCAUGCCAGGCACUGAGCCAGCUCCUGCCAGAAACUGGGGACACCACCAAGCAGCUCCUGAGGCAAAGCUUGAAUACCAUCAGUCAGGAGUGGUUCCGUGUGUCCAGCCGGAAGUUAUCCAGCCCCGAGGCUGUGGCCGCCUACCUCCUCGAGGUCCAGCCUCACUCUCCACAUCUUCUGAAGCUACUUGUCAACUUGGCUGACCGAAGUGGGAACACAGCCCUUCACUACAGUGUGUCGCACUCCAACUUCACCAUUGCCAAGCUACUGCUGGACACAGGUGUCUGCAAUGUGGAUCAUCAGAACAAAGCUGGCUACACUGCUGUGAUGAUCACGCCCUUGGCUUCUGCAGAGACAAAAGAAGACAUGGCUGUUGUCUGGAAGCUCUUAAGAGAAGGGAAUGUGAACAUACAAGCAACUCAGGGAGGCCAGACUGCACUGAUGUUAGGAGUCAGCCACGACCGGGAAGACAUGGUUCAAGCACUACUGAGCUGCCAGGCAGAUGUCAACCUGCAGGACCAUGAUGGAUCGUCUGCUCUCAUGCUGGCCUGUCACCAAGGAAAUGCCGACCUGGUACGACUGCUCCUAGCACACCCAGCCUGCAACAGCAGCCUGACUGACAAGGCUGGCCGAACAGCUUUGUCCAUCGUUCUGAAUUCACCUGCCCACGUGGAAAUCGCAGAGCUUCUGCGGGCCCACUCAGAGCAGGGCAGAUCUCUGGGGCCGAAGGAGCUGCAGAAGAAUUAGCAGCCAGAAACAAAAGGUUCCUUUUCUGGACUUCCCCCUCGCCCUUAGAGAGGGCCGGGGUCACAGCCAGAGGGCCACCAUUCAAGACAGAAACUAUGUCAAAUAUGCACAAUACAUUCCCUUCAUAUAAUUCUGCUCAUUAGGAUGCUUGGUAGUGUUUUGCCUUAGGGCCAAGCCCCCCAAACUACAUGGGGUUCGGAGCAGGGUGUGAGGUGCAGAGUUCAGGCAGCAGUGGAGUGUUUUGAGAAAUUCAAAACAUCUUCAGCUUUGAAUUCCUCAUGGCAUUGCCUUUGCAGCCCUGUGUAGCAAUUGGGUGGGUCAGGGCACACUUGCACAGUAGAAAGAGCAAUACUUUUUACAUGGAGUCUUAAAGCGCACUGUCUUUUUGUUUUUAAUCAAGUAUGUAUACAAGUAUGUCCCAGGGACUAUGCAUGUCUAGAGAGAAUGGCAGAAGAAUCUAAAUUCGGGCAAAGUAGGACUAAGUCCAGUGAUGUCAGUGCCAGGGUGUGACACUUCCGAGUACCCCAGGGGUUCCCAUUCCCUCUUUGGAAGUAAACAGAAAAACAAAUCCAAUAGUUAAUACUAGUGAUGCAUGCUUGACGGAGUCCAGUGAUUUCACCCGUUCCCAACCUAUGAGAGAAGCAAAUGAAUUGGCCAGCUUCUUGCUGGGAAUGGGUCACUGUAGAAGUCAACAUUGUUCACCCGUCUCUAGAAACACAGGGCCCCUACAAACACGUACCAGCUCUGAGAACGUUGUGUCUCCUUAGUACAGAAACAUCCAGCCUGGGCUAAGGAGCAGCCAGCCAGGGCAGGACAGAGCUCUCUUGGGACUGACGUCUCUCCCAGAGAUAGUUCUUUCCUGAGCGUCCAUAUCCCCUGGGUCCUGAACAUGAAAGGUUCAUAAUCAUAGCUCUGAAAGUCUCAUGCAAACACACAUGCACACACACACACACACACACCCUUUAUAUAAAAGGAAGAGCAUCAAAAUUGGUGAUCUGAACACUGAAGACACUAAAGCAAGAAUUCUCAUUGGGCUGGGAAGCCUAUUUGCUUGGUGCCCCUCGGCUGAGUCACAAAGCCUUCAUGGGUAAGCAGCUUCAUCCUCCUCAAAGUGGAAGCACCCAUACAACCUACCUCUGGGAGUCUCCAUAAGAAACGCCUUGAAAAAGUUUUGGAAUCGGAUGAUAACCCAGAAAGGCUGUCUUCAGAAAUUCUGCAGCGAAGUCCUUCCCACAGCGUGAUUUGUGAGAGAUGCCCAAAAUCCCCCCCCCAUAUGGAUGCUGCUUAGAGAUGGGAAGAAUGGCAAAACAGACAAGCUUUAAAAAAUGCUGUAAGAGGAUUUAUUCCAAUGUCAAAACGCAACUGUAAAAGCAAACACAUACUUUAAUAAAUGUUAGUUCCGUGCUUUGCAAAGGUUAAUGUGUAUCCAGCAGGGAUCUUGUUAUGCAGUAGGUCUGAAACGAGGCCUGAGUUUCUGUGUGUCUAACUGGGCCCAGGGGAUGCCAAUGCGUCAGGCCACAGCCACGCUUCGAGCAGCACAGCUCCAGCCUGCCCUUUUUUGUUUAUAAAUUAAAAUGUUGCCUCUCAA